AUGUUCAAGGUACCGAGAUUGACUCAGAGCCUGAAAGGGUUAUCAGAGCCAUCUAUGCAGGCGCGUCAUGAUCAUUCAGUAGCGGGUGUCCAGAAGCCUACCCGGGGCUUGGGCUUCGUCGGCAGGCACACGUGCCUGGAGCUUCUCAAAUCCGGGUACAACGUGAUCAUUGUCGACGAUCUGAGCAACAGCUUCUACGAUAUCUUCGGCAAGAUUACGACACUGCCGAAGCGUCACUUCUACGGCUGCGGGGGUCUCUGCUCAGAAGUCGAACUCUACCCUUAG